CCUCAAAUGUAGUAGAUUGUGAGGAGCACUUGAAGGCAGCAUUCCUCUCCAUGUAUAACUCAUCUUCUGCCUCCAACAAUAGAACUGACAACCGUAACCAGUCAUAAAAAAGAUAUGUGGUCACAUGAUGGACAGAGUGUGCUUUUUGGUUGGGGAGGAUGAUUGAACUUGUCUCUGUCUGGAUGUGAAAGAAUAAGACCUGAACUUGCUGCUAAUCCCAACUCUUCCUCAGGGAUAUACAGGAGGUAAUUGGAAUCCAAGAUGUCUGGAGAAGAAGUAGUGGGGGAGAUGCUGGAGGAAGAGGUAGAAACCCAGGAAGAGGAAGAAGCUGCUCCUGAAGUAGAAGAACCUCCUCCAGCAGAAGAGCCUGCAGAAGAAGAGUCUCCAGCUGCAGAUGAAGGAGAGAGCCAGGAUGAUUCCAAACCCAAACCAAAGGCAUUUGCUCCAGCUAUAGCUGUGCCAAAGAUGCCAGAGGGAGACAAAGUGGACUUUGAUGACAUCCACAGGAAGCGUCAAGAGAAGGAUCUGACUGAGCUGCAGUCUCUGAUCGAGGCCCACUUCAUUCAGAGGAAGAACGACGAGGAGGAGCUCAUCGCUCUCGUUAACAGGAUCGAGAAGCGUCGUGCUGAGAGGGCUGAACAGCAGAGGGUCCGUGCUGAGCAGGAGAAGGAGAGGCAGGCUCGUGUCGCUGAAGAAAAGGAGAGGAAGGAGCAGGAGGAAGCACGUAAGAAGCAGGAUGAGGACGCCAAGAAGAAGAAGGCUCUGACAAACAUGACUCAGCAGUAUGGUGGUGUCCAACAGAGGCAAGAAGGAAAGAGGGGAGCAAAGAAGCAGACAGAGAGAGAGAAGAAAAAGAAGAUCCUGGCAGAGAGGAGGAAGCCUCUCAACAUCGACCAUCUCAAUGAAGAGAAAGUGAAGGAGAAGGCCAAUGAACUGUGGCAGUGGCUGAUGACACUGGAGGCUGAGAAGUUCGAUCUUACUGAGAAACUGAAGAGACAGAAAUAUGAUAUUAAUGUACUCCAGACCCGAAUCAAUGAGCAGCAGAAGUUAUCAAUCAGCUCCUGGCUCGUGUUCAGGACCACCAAAGCGCCAAAGGAAGAGGCAAGGCCAAGGGCAGGCUGAGAUAGAAGCAAACAUCAGCAGGAGUUCUCCAAGGAAGCGUCUGAAAAUGAGCAGCAGUAUUGACUCUGAUGACAUUAAUGUAGCGCAAACAAUAAAACAGCACUGCAACAGCUGGUUUUAGACAAACAAUAAAAAAAAAAACUUGUGCUUUUGA